AUGGCAGACGUCAUUAUUGUGGGAGCGGGCCUCUCCGGCCUUGCGGCGGCCGAGAAGCUCGUGGCGGCCGGCAAGUCGGUCGUUGUCCUCGAAGCACGCGACCGCGUCGGUGGCAAGAUUUACGACGCGCACUUUACCACCCCCACUGUGCGCGGAUAUGCCGAGACGGGAGCGUCGUUUAUCGGUCUCGGUCAGACAGAAGCCAUCGCGCUCAGCGAGAGACUUGGCCUUCGGCUAUUCGAUACAUAUGACAAAGGCAUGAUUGUCGUCUCUUCCCCCUCGGGCGAGCGCAGGCUGUUUGACCCAGAAGACCCCCAGUCUGCAGCGUCGGCAUUUUAA